AUGAGUUUCGAAUUCAAGUGGCCCAAGUUCUCGCCUUCGUUCUAUGACCAUGCAAAGAACCUACUGUCCACCGCUCUGAACAAGGGUGACAAGCCCGCCAUCAUUGCUGAUCGAAUUGAAGUCAAUCAACUUGAUAUGGGAACAAUUCCACCCGACCUCGAAAUCCUGGAAAUCGGAGACCUUGGCCGUGAUAGGUUUAGAGGCAUCUUCAGAAUGACGUAUGCCGGUGAUGCGUCUAUUCGCCUGCAAACUAAAGUCCAAGUGAACCCAUUGCGUCAAAGGACACCCACUGCUACCUCAGAUAUCCUGACCACACCUCCAAUCUUGUUCGCGUCGACACCCCUAAUAGUCCCGAUGUCAUUAAGUUUAUCAAGUCUGAAACUCAGGGCAAUCGUAGUACUCGUCAUCUCUCGCUUAGAAGGCGUCACAUUGGUCUUCAAGAACGAUCCUCUCGAAAGUGUUCAAGUCUCAUCAUCAUUCGAUUCUCUGGCGGCAAUCCAGACGUUUUUACAGUCUGAGAUUGAGCGACAAUUGAGGGACCUCUUCAGGACUGAACUACCUAGCAUCAUUCAUCAACUCAGUCGAAGAUGGCUGGGACGGGACAAUCCGGAUGGACGAUUCCAAAACCGGAUCGAACUACCUUCACCGUCGGCCCCUGCAACACCUACUCCCGCUCUACCGACGACUCAAUCGACUGGCGAUUCUAAUGGAAUCUUAUCUGUGCCGGACGAAAUCGAAUGUUACGAUCCCACGUAUGGGCUGCGGCCUUCUCAUCCACCAUUGGUCGGCUACUUUACCAAUUACCGCUCGCUCAUCAAACAGAAAAACCGGAAGCUAGGGCUAGGGGCUGUUCUAAGCCAUACCGAUGACGAAGAAGAUCAAAACAAGGAGGAUGCAACCCCAUCCGAUGUCUCGUCAUCAACCCUUUUUUCGCCCCAUAGUCCCACACCAUCUCCUCAGCAGAAGCAAAGGAAGCCAACCGAGAAUCGGACCAAAAAGCCGAUGAUUAAACCCAAGAUCUUCCAUUCCCAUUCUGCUGGCAUUGUGAAUUCGGCGCUCUCAUCCUCUGGACUAUCGUCGCGUAAUGGACAAGAAGGAACCCGUAGCUCAUUCAAAGUCUUGGAUUCCAGACCAAGGAUGAAGUUGGAUGAUCUUGAAGAGGCCCGAGCUGAAGAGGAACAGCUCGAAGAAGGAGAAGUCUUGCGAAGCCGGCGCUUAGAGCGGUUAUCCAUGCAGAGCCAUGCCGCCAGCUCAAGUGGACUAGCUGCCAGGAUGAUGUCAAUCAGAGAGACAGUUCAGACGAAGCGACCCGAACAGAUCAGAACGACCACCAGUCCUAUCAGUGCUUUUCGCACCCAGCCCCUCCCUCGACCUACCUCUUCAGUUUUUCCAUCCACUCAACGCUCCAGUACGACUUGCUUGCCCGCCUAUGCAUCCAACUGUGGUACGCCGGUGCGCUCCCAUGCCCAUCCGUCUAUCUUCCUUGGCUCUCGCUCAACCAGUCCGACGGCCGGGGAAGAAGACAAGUUUGAUAAAGAGGACGAAGAAAGCGAAGCAGAAGGAUCACAAUGUGCAUUACUGGCCAGUCUUGUCCGAGGUAAUUGGACUCUCAGUCCCUUUUCACGCUCGAUCUCCCACUUCGCUGCCCGGAGUACACCUCUUCGGCGUUCAUCCCCCUCUUCCGCUAUUUCUUCUCCCACUCGCGUGGGUCAUCAAAACGGCAUACAUUCCUUUUAUUCAAGAGAUCCCGUCGAUCUAGACCAGCUUCAUCUUCGUACUUCAUGGAACGAUAUACAUACUGAUGGCUUCAAGCAAAAACGAGUGACUAAAAUCAAUAAAAAAAAUUAA